CAUUUUACGGCAGACACCACAGAGACUCAGCUCAGUGCCAUAUCUAGCCAUUAAUGAGUCCCCAUCUGGCUCUGUCGCUUUUCUGUCCAGCCAGACCCAUGCCAGUGCAAACAUGUUUAAGCCUCAUUAAAUGAAUACACAUAUUAAAAAACUACAUCUGUGACAUAUAUGUCACUUGUAUAUUUUAUAUUAAUAUUGAGUAUAAAGAAUUGCAUUAAAAAAAAACUUAGUGUAGGUAAGGGGAAUGAUCAAAAUUUGUAUACAAGUUUUCAGCAGUGGCCUACUUCAGAGGGUGGAAAGGGGUGGCUUCCGAAAUCUUUCUAUUAAAAUAUUUAGUUGUCUUUUUCUCUCUCUCUUUAAAAAGACAUCUUUUAUUGAACAUACUACCACCCAAUUGUAAAGUUAUGUGCAGUUGCCCGAAUCAUUGAACCAUUGAAGUUGUAUUUUUUUUAUUUUUCUCAUCUUUAUUUUUGAGGGAGACAGAGAGAGACAGAGACACAGAGUGCCAGUGGGAGAAGGCAGAGAGAGAGGGAGACACAGAAUCCGAAGGAGGCUCCAGGCUCUGAGUGGUCAGCACAGAGCCUGACAUUGGGCUCGAACUCAUGAAUGGCAAGACCAUGACCUGAGCCAAAGUCGGACACUCAACCUACUGAGCCACCCAGGUGCCCCUGAACCAGUGAAGUUUUAAAAUGAGAAAGACCAUUCUCUGCCUACCUUUCUUUCCUUUUCCUACUCUGCUGUGAGGUAAGCAGUGUUUCAGCCUGGCACAUAUCCUUCCACAGCCUUCUGCAUCAUUAUACAAAAAUAGAAACAUACCAACGCAUAUGGGAUGUUGGAUUUUUCUUUUUUAGAUCAUUGUCUUUACACAAAUGGAAUCCUACUGUACUCAUUUUUUACUUUCUUUAACAGUAUGUCCUGCCCAUACCAUAAAUAGAUACAGAUUUAAGUCAUUGGUUUUAAUGGACGCAUGUGAUUUCAUCAUAUGAAUGUAACCUCAGCUUAUUCUCUGGCACAUGUAUUGACAGAUCCUUCAAUUAUUUUGCAACAUUUGCCUCUGCAAACAGUCCUGUAAGCAUGUCUUUGUACGUAUGUACUUCCUUUGGUCCUAGGGUUUGGACCCCAAGAACUACGUGUACUGUAUACAUUCAUAUAAUUUUGCAGUUUUAUUUUCUACCAUGAGCAGAUUAUUUCUUUAUAAUCAGAAAGAUUUCAAGUAAAAUACAUAGAGCUCGAUUUUCACACAUUCACACCCACACACAGACAUACCACACAAACUCCAAAGCCAGCAUGAAGGAUUUAUCUUCCAAAAGCAGAGUCACAUUUAUUCAAAGAUUAAUGUAACAUUGUUGGGUGUUCAGCAUUGGGUUUCUGUGGUAAAAAAAAAAAAAUGUGUAAAGACAUAUGGUCAUGGCACAGAGAGUGUUUUUGUUAUUUUAAAAUUUGGGGGAAACUGGCAAACAGUUCUGGCAGACCAUAAGUUCUCUUUGCCUACUCAGCUGAGUGGAAGAAAGCUACACACACACACACACACACACACACACACACACACACGUGUGCGUGUGCACACAAACCUCUUGAAAAGAAUCCCAAAGUUACGUCACUUCUACUUUUUCAAGGGCUGUUCUGUAUAUGGGAGUAGGUUUGACCUUAAAAAUGUAUAGUUAGGUCAACCUCAGACUCCAGAAUUCAUCCUCUUUCUGCCCCCCCAGAAAGGGCGUUUUACUGAAAUAAAACCCAUGGCUGGUUGCUUCUGGGGUGUUGCUUCUGAAGUUGUUGACUGGAUACUCUAAAGUCGGCCAUAUUGGAUUUCUGAAUUGGUUUGAGGUAAAUUUCAUUGUUAUGCAGCAAGAUAUAAUUCAAACCAGUCUCUGGAAAAAUAACAAUUACAGAACACAGUCGUUUAUGGGGAAUUAGCAAACCCACAGAUAGGGUACGUGGGGAGGUCCGUGUGCACUUUGUGUAGUCAGACUGAGGUCGAGAUGAAAUAAAAGCCCUAUUUUGAGACUUAGGCUGUGUGUCAGGAUACUGCCUUGUAGGUAAAAUGGCCACAGAAAAGACCCUGGUGUUACUUGAGUAAGUAAACCUUUUUUAAAAUUUUUUUUAUUUUUUUUAUUUUUGAGACAGAGAGAGACAGAGCAUGAAUGGGGGAGGGUCAGAGUGAGAGGGAGACACAGAAUCCAAAACAGGCUCCAGGCUCUAAGCUGUCAGCACAGAGCCCAUCGCGGGGCUCGAACUCACAGACUGCGAGAUCAUGACCUGAGCCAAAGUCAGACGUUUAACCAACUGAGCCACCCAGGUGCCCCAGUAACUAAACCUUUUGGAUGGAGUCCAGUCCAGCCUUCUCCUAUUUGUGUCGAAUUCCACUCUGUGGGGACUAGUGAUGUCACAGGGUCAUUGUGAGUAAAUGGUGGGUAACGCCUAAGUCAAAGAGUAAUGGCACAUGCUCUCAGCUUAGGAGGAGGAGGAGCUAACUGCUGACACGUUUGCCCAUCUACCUCAGCAUGCCUCGUGAGCUUGAUUUGCACACAAGGCACAAGGACUGUGUUAGCUCUCAUCUCAGUAAUGCUUUGUGGUUCAGGGGAGACAGACCCCUCAAUAAGGAUGUGAUGAGAGUUUUGGAUCUUCUUGCCAAAAAAUGCACAUCCUCCUCUUCUCUCAUUCUUUCUCAUUGCUCGUUCCUUUCAUGCGUGCGCUCACACAAUUUUACGGGACUCAGACUCCUUGGAACCCAUCCAUGAACCUGUUAAGAAUUUCUAUGUUUGUAGGGUCCUAGACAAAGCUCUCAAAAUCCUUAUUCUCCCUCAGCCAAGACUAACUCCGUCCUAAAAUGGGCUUUCCAUUUUCCCACUUGAUAAAUGCCCAUCCGUAGGAAGAGUUCACACUGUCGACCUGCAUAUGAGGUGCCAAAUAAUGUGGGAAACAAUAGACGGUGAUUUAGGGAGACAGGAAGGACCUUCCUUUCUUGGGAUAAGUUCAUCUGCGACCCUUGCUUCUCUAGUGGGGUUUGAAACUUGUCUCUUUUUCUACAUAGGUCUGAGGAAGCUUAGUGUGAAUGUAAAUAUGGCCUCCUCCCAAACUAGCUCCAUACCUAAGAGCAUAUACCCCCAGAGCAAACACUCUACCUGACAUUUAAGGUCAGGACCACAAUAAUAGUUUGAAACUCCCAGGAGCUCCAAGAACAGUGAUGGCAGUGGUUGAUGAAAUAAUCUCUGACUUGUACUCUUACUAUAGUCAGAUCAUCAAAGGCAGGCUUCUUAUUUCUCUUGGAGUGACAGCCCCUCUCAUACAGGGGCAAUUUUUGGCCUGCCUCCUUCAGAAAGGCAGGUUAUAAACUUUAAGUUUUGUCGUUCACAGAGUGGGGUGAGUUCUCAAUACCAUUAACGUUCAUUUUCUCACACCCAACAAUGAAAGUAAUAGUAGUACAUUUAAAAUUAAGUUUGUAGGCCUCAGUAAAUGGAGAAAACGAACAUGGAGUGUUUGUAUAGGCCUUGGCACAUCUAAAGUGCUAAGUAACUGGAAGUUUGAAUUGAUGGCUAUUUAUUGUUAUCUAGUGGUAGCUGUUUAUUGGUCUCAGACCCCACAGGGUGGGGCCUUCCAAAUUCAGUGUACCUUGAAAGAUUUCUGUUUUUCGACAGGAUUCACAUAUUACAGAGUUCGUAUCUAAAAUCUAGGGGUUGGGGGCUGCCCACCGGGACCUGUGUUUAACCAUGUAGCUCUCUCUGUUCACCAAUCAAGAGCCCAUGAACUUGUUUGACAUCCUUCAUGAAUGAGGAAAGAAUUCUGUAGCAAAGUCUUUUCCAGUUCACUCAAAGUAUUCAUGUGUCUCAUAUCCAAGCAUAUAAUGCAAGGAAAUGGCAGGAAAUGGCAAGUGGGGGCAGAUUCCUCAUCAGUCACCAAAGCAAACUUAGAUUCUUGGCUGCUAUUAAUUUAUCUUUUAAAUAAAGGGGAAAAUCCUGUGGAUCAUUAACGCAUUGACAAAUUUUAAACACUUCACCCAUGAGUCAAUCAAUCUCUCUCUCUCUGUAAACUGCUUUUGGCUUUUUUUUUUUUUUUAACCCGUUUCGUUCUCUUUUACCUAAGUAUUUCCUCCAAAAUGAAUUUUAAACUUCUUUGUUGUGAAUGAAAUGGGAAUAAUUACCGUACCUAAAACUACAUCAUAGGAGUAAUUAAGGCGAUCAUGCAAUAUCCCAGGAAUAAAUAGAUAGCAUAACUUAAGAUAAAUCAAAAGAGAUAAGUUAAAGGGUUACUCUCAAGGGUAUGGUAAGAGUGUGGGGCAUAUUUUUCUGUAAAGAGCCAGAUCGUAAAUAUCUGCAGCUUUGGAGGCCAUGUGGCCUCUGUUUCAACUGCUCUGCUGUUAAGUGCAGAAAGCAGCCAUAGACAGCACAGAAAUGAAUGCUUGUGGUUUCCAAUAAAACUUUAUUAACCAAAACGUACUUUGGGCAGAAUCUGGCUCCUGGGCCUUGAUUUGUUGACCCCUGGUGUAGGGGAAGCCUAGAGGUGGGGCAGGAUCCUGUGCUAAGAGCAGUGCUGUGACCUAGUUGGGCCAGCAGGGCAGGGCAGGAAGGAGUUACCAGAUCCUAGAAGGAAGGGGCCCUGCGGAGAGGGACUGCCCAGACAGGAACACUGGUCCCUGGAAGGACGCUGCUGUCUAGAGACCACCCCAUGAGGAAGGACAAAUAACCCACGCCUCAUUUGUCUUCCCUCCCUUGCUUCUCCUCUGGUGUGCCCCAUUGACUUAAGCCAGCAGAGCGGAGGGAGCACACUGACCUAUUCUGUAGAGUGCCCUCCCUGGGAACAAAGAACAGGGUGGGGAAAGAAGGAAGCUGUCUGAGGUGAGAAGUUAAUGAACCUGGAUUCUCUCAGUUCCAAGGCAGGUUGUGUAAACGUUUGCUUCCUGUUGUUAUUUAUUAUUCCUAGAUCUCAUAAACAUCUACAUGUCUGAUUCUGUGUGGGGUUUAUGUGCAUUCUUUCACUUUACAGUCUGAAGGGUAAAUGAAUCCAGGGAGCUUGAAGAGAACUUGGUACAGAGACCCAUUCAGUGCAGAAGUUAGUCAUAGAAUUGAUUCAAAUCCCUGGGGCCACUCAAGCUCUCCUUGGCUCUCCACGGCUCUCCACAGGGUUCUUUCUGUAAGGAUGAUUUUGGAAAGUUACUCUAUUAAGGUCUCUUUUGGAGUUUGAAAGCAGGGAAACCCUGUUUGCUUGAAUGAAUGGGUGAAUAUUGACCUUUAAUAGAAUGAGGCAUCAACCGGAAUGAGUGAAUGACUCCAUUUAAGGAAAGUACUAAUUUAGUCAUGUCCUGAAACAUCACGUCACACUGUGGAUUAAAGUGAGGUCAGCAAAAGUGAGUAUCUUUGGUAACCUUGCAAUCCACACUAAUAGAGGCCUUGAAAAUAAGUAUCUUGAGAGUAUGUGUUGUGCUUGGUUCUAUCCUCACUUUUUUGUAUUCGUUAUAAUUCAGUUUCUUGAUUCUUUCUCUAAAAAUUCCACUAAUCUCUAGGACUUUGACUUCUUUAUUUAUAACUCUCAAAGCUAUCACUAAAUGCAUAGUAACCCACACCAACCAGAUAACAAUUCCGUGAAGUCUCACUUUUGCAGGACAUAGGAUAAAUGGGUAUUGGUUUCUGUCAACAAGAGUAGUCAGGGAGUUGAAUCAAGCAGAAUUUGAAAAGGCUAAAGGUUUAGGAUUUCAGCAGGCAUCUCUGGGAGUUUGUGGUAGGUGCUGAUGCUUGUAUUCUGACCAGUAAAUGGUCUUAAAAAGAGAAAUUUCUUACUCUUUGGCGGGGUCUUAGAAUUUGACUUGCAUCACCCUGAAAACUUGUUUCUCUACAUUUUUGUAGUUUGGAUCAUGUAUUUUUACGUUCAGAAAACACACGAAAGUUUGCUGCGAAAACUUCAGAUCUGUGGCAUUGAUGUUUGGCACGGGGCAACUUGGAGAGAUCACCAGUUGUCUUCACUUGAGCAUUGGCAGUGGGGACAAAAUACAUCUCAGGUCUUGAGGAUAGUUGGCUCAGCUUCUAGCACUUACUGAGGUGGGUGGCUGUCCUUACAUAUCUGCUUCAGUUUUGAAUGGCAGUGGGUAACACCGUCAGGUUUGCUAACUGUGUUAUUUUAAUCUGUCUCAUCUUAGACUUUGUUCGCCAGUUCUUAACUGAAGAGCUGAACUUCCCAGUUUUGGGGGGAGGAAGGGUAAAGGAAAGACUUUGGCAGAAAGUGGGCCAUUCCUUAGCCCAGUGUACUUCAGUGCAUGUGUGUGUCAUUUCUUCAAAGGGACAUCUUCCUUGCAGAAUGACAGCAAAAGAACUAAAGGUGAUUUCACUGGGUUUUUCUCCCCGUGCUCUUCCCUCCCUCCCUUUCCCAUCAUACUGCCCCUUACCUCUCUUUCUGUCACAUUUCAUCCAGACUUUCAGGUUCCAUGACCUUGUAAGUAUUCUUGGCAGCCAGACAUAAUUUUGUUGAGAGGGUUACUGCCGACUUAUUAUAUAAAAAUUGGUUUUGAGUGACAUGAGUGGAGAGCCACAGAAGCAGUCUGAGGAUCCUUGGAGGUUGGUCCAUUUCGUCUCCUGCUUGUAUAACGAGAAGACAGAGACAAGAAGCGCUGAGGGGCUUGUUCCCAUCCCGUCAUCUGACAGGUGGAAGACUUGGGGACUGGCUGAGGCCUCAUUUGCCGCAGCGCGCUGCCCACACCCCAACACGUGUUCUUGUCAAAUGCUUUUCUGUUUCUUCAUUCUGGACCUUUUCCUGAAAUGUUCUUGAGCUUCUGUAAGCCCUUUGUCUUUUAAACACACAUUGCAUUUUGGCCCCACGGUAAACAUUAUGAGCUUUGGUGGUGAGUUUGCUCUGUGACUUGCCCGCCACCUCUCAGGUUUCUCCUUGAGACAGUUACCACGUUUGAUUUCUGGGAGCCAAAGAUGAGAUGUGCGUUCCAGGGACAACGUUUUCUUGUGUGUAGCAUCGCUGUGCCGGCCACAGAUGUCACUUUGGAAAGAACACUUGCCUUGGAAAUGGGAUGCUCGGAGGUGUGAUGUAUUAACACUGCAGUCGCUCAUGCAGACAUGGCUUUUCCAGAACGUCGCAGGAACCUUGGUGAUCGGUGAACUGCACACAUAUUGUAUUUGCUCUUUGUCAGGUUCCUGAAGACUUAGCUGUGUAAUUAUAAAGCCCUCUUUUUCCUUUUAAGUACGGUCCAAUGCUGUUUGUGUUCAUUGUGUUCUUAGGCGAUCAUGUUGAAUCACAGAAGCACGAGUAUUUGAAAGAUGAAAUCCUUCCGAGCUGAGAGGUUUUCUGUAUAUGAACUUACUUUUUCUUCAUAAACCAUGCCGUUGCUCUCUCAUACUACGCUUCAAAGAAGAGGCAUCUUACCACAACCCUUCCGUGAACCGAGAGGUAUAAAACCCAGUUAGUUAUACUUGAUGGCAUGCCCUAGUAUGACUUGGUUGUGAAUGAAGCGAUUGUCGAGCACAGGGCUGAACUGCCAGAGACAGCAAUGGUCUAGAGGAGGGGAAAAACUUGAAUUUGUUUUAAAAAUCCCCUUCUUUUAGGUGGAGUCAGUAUCGGCUGCUGCCUUUUGGCUGUUUUGCGAAAAUAAAAUUGUGCUUGCUUGACUGAACUCAGUGAUUUCAUUUAGGUUUUUAACCAAGGGUUGGGGAGGGAGAGUGAGCUCAGAAAGCUUUCUUAGCUGUCCAGCCUCUCGCUGCCUAAUUAGCAUGGUCAAAUACUCAGUUUGGUUUUCGAAGCUUUGGAGAGCUUUAGCCAAGAAGGCCCUUCUGUCCUGGGGCAGGUUUUCUUGAUGCUGAGGAGAUUAGCAGUCAAGAGGCUCUGAGAGCGGCAGUUAGAAUGUACUCGGAGGGCAGCCUUUAGCCCUAGAAGGUAAUUAAUGUUGGACAUUUUUUCCCUUUACAGGCUGAGUGUCAAAUAUCGGACAGGGUUAGAGCCAGCUCAUUAAUCCUGGCAACUGUUACUUCUCUGUGAUGUUAGAAUGUAGAGUAUUUGCCCUUUUAAUUUUAGGCCUUCUUGUCGCCCACAGUCUACUUAUGUCUAGAGGGUGUACUCAGGAGUCUAGCUACAUAUUCUUCCUGGCAGCCAAAAGUUUGCAUUUGUGAAAAGGCAGAAGUGAACAGCUUAUCCUGAGUGUGGUGAAAACUCCCUUGAGUAUUUGCUAGGAUUUUUUUUUUUUAAGUGUUACAACAUGGGUUAAUGUGGUAAUGACCCCUGUGUAUGGGGAGGUCAAUUUUAUAUGAUUUUGGCCAUUUAUAAAGCCUCAUAAGGUGUUUUUUGGAGGGUUGUAUAGAUUUGGAUGAAAGAACAUGGCCCAGGACAUUUGCAUUUUAUCACUGAAAAGGGUUUACUCUCUGUCAAGGGUCACAUAGUGAAUGUUUGGGGUUUGGGGGCCACAUAGUCUCUGUUGCAACUACUCAACCUGGCCUUCUUAGUGUGAAAAUAGCCAGAGACAUUAUGUAAACACAUGAACAUGACUCGUUCCCAUAAAACUUUAUUAAAAAACAAAAACAAAACAGACAGUGAGCCACAUUUGGUUUGCUGGCUAUGGUCGGCUGAUGUUGGCUAGAAAGUGUUGCUUCUGAUACAUAGGUUUGGCUCUGUGGUUAGAUUUCAUCUUAGAGGCUGUUGUCCCUCAUUUUCCUCCUCGUCCCCUACAUUGCAUUGUCACUUGCUAUAUGCCUUAUAAUAAAAACAAUCAUUCCUGAGGUGCAUUGUACAUGCUCUGUCGUUCGCAGGCAACAGAAGGCUCUAGCUAUCAGUUUUGGGGUCUUGUAGUACUGCCAGGAUGGUCACUUAGGACCUCAGAGAGGCUUUCGGGGCCAGCAAAACUGAUCAGCACUUACGCAAGCCACCACUGGUUUCCAGCCAACUGUCAACAAGCUCUGUAUCUUGCUGUAGAAUUUGAGAUAAGCCAUAGUCCCUGGGGCACACUGUGGGAUACAAAAGAAAAGCUGAAAACCUCCCUUUUGCUAAUGAGCUGGUGACAUUUACUUAAUUUAUCCAAGGUCUCCAGCACAAAAGCUCCAGAAACAAUCUUUCCAAAACUCCAGAAGUUUUCCCAAGUUUCCUUUUAAACUAGUGAAAUCCAAGUUAUAUAUAGUUUUCCCAAAUACAGAAAGGAAUCUGCAUUUUUAUUAGAAAGUUGGGAGGAGGGCGCUCUUAGAAAAUCAGGCUUCUUUCUCUUUGACCCCUCUAGGGUUGGUCAGAUUAUUUCAGUCAGUACCUAAUUAUUUGCUCUCUCUGGACAGUUGUGCUCCUUUUCAGUAUUGCUGUCUCACCGUUCCCAGGAUCUCAGGUGUGCCUGUACUGGUGAAGCAACCAGCAGUAGUUGAGUUAUAUGCUCUAUUGACAGACGGAAUGCACAGUGUGAUUUAUGGAAGUUGUUCACAUAGAGAUCACCAGAUAGCUUGAUGCCCUGACAUCCAUGCGAGGUCUUGAGGCCCAUGGAAGAGGAAGAGAAACAUACUGGAAGGAGCAGAUGGAAGUUAAUGAUAUUUUAAGCGUUGUGAUUAAUCGAUCCAGGACUUCUUUUUUUUUUUUUUUUAUGUUUAUUUUAUUUUUUACUUUUGAGACAGAGACAGAGCAUGAGCAGGGGAAGGGCAGAGAGAGAGGGAGACACAGAAUCUGAAGCAGGCUCCAGGCUCUGAGCGGUCAGCACAGAGCCCUAUGUGGGUCUCAGACUCACGGACUGUGAGAUCAUGACCUGAGCUGAAGUCAGACGCUUAACCGACUGAGCCACCCAGGCGCCUCGAUCCAGGACUUCUUUACUUUUUUCCUCCACUAGAACAGAACGUAGUAUUGGAUUUCCAAGACACUGAGUUAAUAACUAGCAAUCUGACUACAUAAACUUUGAUACAUUGGAAGAGCUUAUUAAAAUUUUUGAAAGAGAGAUAAAAGAGAAAGAGAAUCAGUCCAUGGAACCACACAUUAAAUGGGUCAAAACUUAGAAAACACAUAGCUGUGAGUAAACAGAUUGGAUAUUUUAUUUAUUUAUUUUAUUACCAAGUUUGAAAAUAGUGGAAUGACUGUAGGGACCUGAAUCCUAGUCAUUUCAGUCCAGCUGGCUUACGUGUAAAAGUAAGAUGCUAAAUGAAGUGAUUUUUAAGGUGUGUGUGUGUGUGUGUGUGUGUCAAAAUUCUGUCAACAACAAGCCUAAUUAAUUUUCUGAGAACAGUCAUGCUGUCCCUUGCUCACGUCAAGUACAAGCAUUGCCCGGGACGUUUUCACCAAACCUAACCCGGUCUCAGCGUUGCCUGACCCUGUGAGAGAGGAAGCUAUGUGUCUGUCUUUACCAAACAGAACUUGGGAAGCAUUUGUGACCGUCCCAACUUUCAGGGCGUGGCUUCUGCUCUCAGGGUUCCAACCAGCCGACUUAGAAGUGAACCCUGGGAGCAGAGUCUGUUGAUGAGGUGGGGCCCACCUCUUGGAGAUGGAUGGGGUUCUCAAGGCCCUUCUCCCCAGGGCAGGGCUCACCCUCCGGCAGCUGUGGCUUUGAUUGAAAAGGUAUGCAGCCCUCCAGAGCUGACUGCAACCAAAUGGCAUUGGUCUUUGAAAAAUGUACUUCAGCGCACAGUCUCUGUGGAACGUGUUUACUUAGGGAUUUUGCCCUUGCUUAGAAGUGAGAAUGUGGUUUGAGCUGGAUUGCCCCUCACUGAAGGCAUUUGCUGUGAAUGUGUCUUCAACUAAUAUGCUUAAGGAUUUAUAACGAAGAGUCAUUCUUAAAUAAAAGGACGCUGAUACAGAAAGCAGUAAUGGUGGAUGGUAUCUCUGUUUGAAGAUAAGGGUUUUGUCACAAAGCCAGGGUUUAUGGUGGGAAUACUGAGUAGCGGACCAUGGCAGGUGAUAAAUCACUUUUCUCACCACUGGAUAUUGAGAAGAAAGGAAUGCAAAGACCUUUUUUAAAAAAUAGGAAAAGAAGUGCUCCGGAGCAUUUAUAAAUGAUAUAGAAUGUUUGCAGUAGAACCAAGAUUGUGGGUAUGCAUGGCGUGAGGUGAAACGUUGUAAUUCAAUUAUGAGGAAAGCUUUUAUAAAAAUACAAGUUUUUAGACAUAGAGUUUCUAAAAACUGAGUCCAUACAUUGAAUGGAGUCAAAUGAUGUUUUUUGAUUUAGGGUUUUCAUGCAAGUUGAACAGGUAAAUAUGGUGAUCCUAAAACUCAGGACCUUUAUCUUGUCUUUACUUCCUGCACAAGUUUUCUUGACAUUGCCCACUACUAGGUAAAUCAGAAAAAAACAGGAAGAAGACUCAUUUACAGCACGCUAAGGGUGAGAACAAAGUAAGCACUGUAAGAAAUUUUUGAGGGACAUUUUGAAAGGUAUGAGUCCAGAGAGGAAUUUGGGAGGUGGGGGUCCUCCUCCUCCCCCAUUCUUGGUCCCCAGGGGAAAUGAUGCCAUUGCCCCUUGGACACAUUGAGGCUCCUACUUUCCUCCACCAUGCUUCCUUGUGGGUAGGAAGGCCCUGACCCCUCAUCAGUCAAAGACUAGCCUUUGGGGAAACCUGAAGCUAGGCAGCUGGCCAACUGGAGUGGUAGAUUUUCUUACAGAGGCUUUAGUCCUUUUUAAAGGGCUCUGCUAAAUCAUAGUUCCAUCAUUGGGUGAGGGUGUGGGUUCACACAGCAUUAAUAAUGGUGAGGCUGGGGACAGAUAAGGUAUGGGUGUGAGGUGAGGACUCCUUUGCCACUUAGUAUGAUAUGAACAAUAAAUUCAUGUCCAGGAAUUCUCUUGAUGUGCUGCUUUUAUUUGGCGACUAACACAAAAAAUGGAAUACCCCUGUAGUUAUUGACAUCAAAUGCCAUUGCAAGGUCUUCAGUUUUGUUAAUGUUCCUCAAGUGUCUUCUAUUUUUUUUAAUGUUUAUUUUUGAGAGAGACUGAGUGUGAGUGGGGGUGGGGCAGAGAGACAGUGAGACAUAAAAUCCGAAGCAGGCUCCAGGCUCUGAGCUGUCAGCACAGAGCCCGAUGUGGGGCUCAAACUCAGGAACGGCAAGAUCAGGACCUGAGCUGAAGUCGGACGCUUAACCGACUGAGCCACCCAGGCGCCACCCCUCCUCAGGUGUCUUCUAGACUGUAUGCUCUAUGAGUUGGCCAGUCAGGAUUUGUUAGUUCAGUCAUUUGUUCAUUUGUUAGUUUGUGCAUUCAUUCAUUCAAGAAAUAUCUGAGGCCUUGUGCGUACCAGUUACUGCCUUGGUGCCACUACACCCAAGAGACGUAAACAAGCCUCCUUUCCUGAUGGGCUUAUUAUCCUAGGAGGUUAGAGCCAGUGAUAAGCCAAACCAAGUAUAUAAUGUGUCGGCUGGACAGUGAGUGCCUGGAAGGAAAUGAAGCAGGGUAAGGGGGACCAGAAGUGAGGGAAUGCUAACAUAGCCUCCAUUAUGUUCCCAGCUACCCUCAGGUAUCAGCAUCUCCUAACCUUCUCUGCCUGUUACCCUGACAACAGCAAGACCCUCAUCCCAUUUAGUGAUGAGGAGACCAAGGCACAAUGUUUAUGUCCUCCUAAGGGGACAUAGGAGCUACAUGUCAUAUUACCCAGAGCCCUUGCUCUGAACCCCUCCAGUGUCCCUCAUCUUGACAGCUGCCGUUUCUAUCCCAGGACCCGGUGAAGGAUCGGUGGGUAUGUGUUUGAAUUUGCAACUCAAAGGCAACAUGCCAAGUACUGGAGAGGAAAGAGACUUGAACUUGGGUACUGCCUGGAGAAGUCCCAGAGCAGUGAAGAGGGUGCCUGGGAACACUGCCACCGUGCUAGGAAUGUCCCGGGAGCCCUGAGCACUGCAGGCUUUGGGGUGCAGUGGUGGCAUGGUGGUUCUGGUUCUCUUCUCAGAGAACUUCACUGAGGAGGAGCUGGUACAGAGUAAAGGAGAGAAAGGCAUUUGGUGCAGUAGGAAUUGUCAGAGUAGAAACCAGAGGCUUGAAAGAAUGUGACCCCCCCAAGACGCAGGAAUAGGUGCCUUUGUAUAGGUAUGAGGUGUGCCUGCGGCCCCUCCCUCCACUCCUCCUCAGAAGAGAUUCUUAACCUGCUUGUCGGGAUGUUCACCUGAGGUGAUUUUGAGUGAAACUCAAGUCUUCAUUUCAUGCAACAUUCUUCAGCUUCCUCUUCUCUAGGAACUAAAAGUUUGAGGAAGGACCUUCUAAAAUCUUGUGUCCUGUGAUGACUCCAGGAAUAAAGAAGAAUUGAACAUAAUUGACGGGGUGAGGCAACGUGAUGAGGAGAAAGGUCAUGUGAUUUGGAACCACAUGAAUUUGAUUAACGUUUUGGCCGUAGUACGUUCCUUGGGCAAGUUCAUUGACUUCUUACGGCCUCAGUUUUUUCAUCUGGAAACGGGAUAAUGACAUGUACAUCCUGAUCAGGAGCGAAAUAGGAAUUUUGUCAGGGCUCCCUAACUUCCAUUGCCUUUCCCUUGCUGCCCAGCAAAUCUCUUUUAAAAACUAGGGGUCUGGGGGCGCCCAGGUUGAGGGUCCGACUUUAGGUCAGGUCAUGAUCUCACAGUUUGUGGGUUCGAGUCCCAUGUCGGGCUCUGUGCUGACAGCUCAGAGCCUGGAGCCUGUUUUGGAUUCUGUGUCUCCCUCUCUUUCUGCCCCUACCCCACCCCCCUCAAAAAUAAAUGUAAAAAAAAAAAAAUUUUUUUUUUCAACUUGGGCGGCUGGCUUACCUUCAUCAAAUAGAGACAGUUUCCAGCACAGUGCUCUGGGUGGGUCCAAAACAACGCUUGUAGGCUUAUCAAUGUGCCUGUCACUUGUUCCAGUCACAGGAUUUCAAUUUCCUCUUAGUGCUGUGGCUGGUUAUUUAAUUUUUAAGAAAUCGCAUGGCAAACACCACGUAUCAGGAGCCAGGGCUAUGAAAAGGGUAUGCCGCAAAAAGGGUUUGGUUUUUCGCCAGCUGAUUCCAGGCCACCUUUGCUGCCACGUGCUGGUGCAUCAGAUGACUGGCACAGGAAUCCUCAGCUCGCUGCUGAUUGGCCUUUCUCACUUGGGUCACUAGAGGGUAGUUCUGCAGUGUAAUGUGUCCGUCAUCAGGGCACCGGCAUGCAUUUACCAAAAUUCUGCAGGAAGAGUGAUUCUCUGCUCUGAUGUGGGAAGAGCCCUGUGGAUCUCCAGGUCAACGGCAAAGACUUAUCCAGAGCAACUCAUGACCAGGCUGUGGAAGCUUUCAAGACGGCCAAAGAGCCCAUUGUGGUACAGGUGUUGAGGAGAACCCCACGGACCAAAAUGUUCACGCCUCCAUCCGAGUCGCAGCUGGUGGACACAGGAACCCAGACCGACAUCACCUUCGAGCACAUCAUGGCUCUCACGAAGAUGUCCUCUCCCACCCCACCUGUGUUGGAUCCCUAUCUCCUGCCAGAGGAGCAUCCCUCAGCCCACGAGUACUAUGACCCCAAUGACUACAUUGGAAGCAUCCAUCAGGACAUGGACAGGGAGGAGCUGGAGUUGGAGGAAGUGGACCUCUACAGAAUGAACAGCCAGGACAAGCUGGGCCUCACAGUGUGCUACCGGACAGACGAUGAAGAGGACAUUGGGAUUUAUAUAAGUGAGAUCGACCCUAACAGUAUCGCGGCCAAGGAUGGGCGCAUCCGAGAAGGAGAUCGCAUUAUCCAGAUUAAUGGGAUAGAGGUGCAGAACCGUGAAGAGGCUGUGGCUCUUCUAACCAGUGAAGAAAACAAAAACUUUUCUUUGCUGAUUGCAAGGCCUGAACUCCAGCUGGACGAGGGCUGGAUGGACGAUGACAGAAACGACUUUCUGGACCACCUGCACAUGGACAUGCUUGAGGAGCAACACCAGCAGGCCAUGCAGUUCACUGCCAGCAUGCUGCAGCAGAAGAAGCAUGAGGAAGACGGGGGAACCACAGACACCGCCACCAUCCUGUCCAACCAGCACGAGAAGGACAGCGGCGUGGGACGGACAGACGAGAGCACACGCAACGACGAGAGCUCGGAGCAGGAGAACAACGUCGACGAUGCCACCGCGUCAUCCACCCCGCUGGCCGGGCAGAGGAAGCUCACUUGCAGCCAGGACACCCUGGGCAGCGGCGACCUGCCGUUUAGCAAUGAGUCCUUCCUGUCUGCCGACUGCGCCGAUGCCGACUACCUAGGCAUCCCCGUGGACGAGUGCGAGCGCUUCCGGGAACUCCUGGAGCUCAAGUGCCAGGCCAAGAACAGCAACCCCUACAGCCUGUACUACGCCAGUAGCCCCCUGGACGCCAGCAAGAGCGACCCCGAGAGCGUGGACAAAGAGCUGGAGCUGCUGAACGAGGAGCUGCGCAGCAUCGAGCUGGAAUGCCUGAGCAUCGUGCGCGCGCACAAGAUGCAGCAGCUCCGGGAGCAGUACCGCGAGUCCUGGAUGCUGCACAACAGCGGCUUCCGCAACUACAACACCAGCAUCGACGUCCGCAGGCACGAGCUGUCGGACAUCACCGAGCUCCCGGAGAAAUCCGACAAAGACAGCUCGAGCGCCUACAACACGGGGGAGAGCUGCCGGAGCACCCCGCUCACCUUGGAAAUGUCCCCCGACAACUCCUUGAGGAGAGUGGCAGAGGGCAGCAGCGAGGGGGCCGUGGGGACCACAGAAGCUUACGGGCCGUCCCCAAAGAACCUGCUGGCCAUCACCGAAGAUCCCGAGGUGGGCAGCGCCAGCUACAGCCCCCCUCCUCCUCAAGAGCUGGGGACCAGCCAGGCCCCCGAGAGCAGGGAGCGCAGGCCCAGCGACGACAGCGGGAGUCCCAGCCCCGGCCCGAAGCUGGCCGGCUCGUACCUGUCCCCCUUCCCCCACUCGCCCUACAAACACGCCCACAUCCCGGCGCACGCGCAGCACUACCAGAGCUACAUGCAGCUGAUCCAGCAGAAGUCGGCCGUGGAGUACGCGCAGAGCCAGAUGAGCCUGGUGAGCAUGUGCAAGGACCUGAACUCGGCAGGCCAGGCGGAAGCCAGGAUGGAGUGGAAAGUGAAGGUCCGCAGCGACGGCACGCGCUACAUCACCAAGCGGCCAGUGCGGGACCGCCUGCUGCGGGAGCGCGCUCUCAAGAUCCGCGAGGAGCGCAGCGGCAUGACCACCGACGACGACGCGGUGAGCGAGCUCAAGCUGGGGCGCUACUGGAGCAAAGAGGAGAGGAAGCAGCACGUGGUGAAGGCCAAGGAGCAGAGGCGCAGGCGCGAGUUCAUGAUGCAGAGCAGGCUGGAUUGCCUGAAGGAGCAGCAAGCGGCCGACGACAGGAAGGAGAUGAACAUCCUUGAACUGAGCCACAAAAAGAUGAUGAAGAAGAGGAAUAAAAAGAUAUUUGAUAAUUGGAUGACAAUCCAGGAACUCUUAACCCACGGCACAAAAUCACCAGAUGGCACGAGAGUAUACAAUUCCUUCUUAUCCGUGACUACUGUAUAAUUUUCACUUCUGCGUCAUGUACAUAAAAGAGAACGCUACCGUUGGGGUAGAAAUUCCUGCCUCGUUCAAUGCGGCAAGUUUUUGUAUAUAAGAUAAAUACGGUCAUCCUGUUUAUAGUCCAGAUUGGCCAGCUCUGCAACUAGCUCUAUUUUAAGUGGAGAAAAACCACCCUUAACAAAGGCACUAUUAACAAACAGAGCUUUUUUCAAAUAGCAAUUGUACUUUUUUACUUCCUACCUUUUACAUAAAGUGUUUAAAUUUCAAAAAGAUCUUUUUAUUAAGCAUACUUUCACAGAAUAAUUUGUUUAAAACUAUAUUCAUAUAAAAAAGUUAAACACGCUUUUUUUUUUUCCUGCCGAAAACACAGAUACAACUGCCAGUGUGUAUUUUUAAUGGAACUCUAUUUUAUAAUGUUACUUUGUUGGAUGUGUUUCAUAUGAGUGACCAUUAAUAUAUAAUUUAGGUCAAGGCUUCAACUCAACACUACCAAGCUGUGUGGUUAAUGAUUUAAUAUACAUAACCAAACCAGCAGUGUUUAGAGUUGGGAUACACAUUUAAACAUUUUUCUGGUUAAAGUUCCCAAGAGUGUGUAAAGGUUUUAACAGAAAGCAAAAUAUCAUGCAGCUUUAUGGAAGUUUAAAGCAUGUUUGCAAAUAUUGCAGCCCAAUGGAAGAAUUUGCAUGUACAGGAAAGUUGUGGAUGGAGAUGGUUUGUGGAAUUUUAAGUGCUCAUUGUAGUAAACCUUUGCUUUGUAGAUUUGAAGGGACAGAGUUUUACAAGCAAGCUCAUGAAAUCAUGAUUAGUUAAACAUUAAGUAAAAUGAAGUUAAAAUAAAUUAUUAUUUUCUAUUUGA